UUUUAAACCAACAUCAUCAUCAUGAAAUAUAAGGAAGACCCAGAAAAUACCUUUGAAAAGAGACAAGCUGAAGCCUCUAGAAUUAGACAACGUUACUCUGAUCGUAUUCCAGUCAUUUGCGAAAAGGCUGAUAAAUCAAAUUUCCCAGAUAUUGAUAAGAAGAAAUAUUUAGUUCCUGCCGAUCUUACAGUGGCACAAUUUGUGUAUAUUAUUCGUAAACGUAUCAAGAUUGAUUCAACAACAAAUAUUUUCAUUUUCGUUAAUAACGUUCUUCCACCAAGCGCCACACUGAUGAGUCAACUUUAUGAAGAACAAAAGGACGAUGAUGGUUUCUUGUAUGUAACCUACAAUGGAGAAAACACCUUUGGUGAAAUCUAAAUUUCUAAUGAUAUUGUGUGUUGUUUUCAUCAUCAGAUAUAUUAGUACCUACUACCACCAUCACACACGAUUCGAUAAUUACUCAUUGUCGAACAGUUUUUAAUAGUUGUCGCUAUUCAGCUUGUAAAUUUUACUUGUAUAAAAACUUUGAUUAAU